AUGGUCGAUUUGAGGUUUCAACUUAAUUGUCAAAAUGGGCUAAAACUUUACAAGUGCCAUUUUCAGUUGAGUUUCAAAAUUUUGGAGAAUAAAGAGAAUCAGUACCAGGAAGAGAUUGAAAAGCUGAAGCAUGGAUACGAUUUCGAUUACAUGUACAACUCAUUGCCCAGAAUCACUCAAAAGUCACAGGAACAUCAGAAAAGACAAGUUCAGCAAAAUAUUCCAUGCGAUACUACUGUAAACACGGUGCAGAAGAAAUGUUCUACCAGUGAAAAGCCAGUGAGCAAAUUAUAUGAGCAGCGCGAACAAAUAGCAGUAACUCCAAAUUCGGUAACACCCAACAAACCUGUCAGACCCAACUCACUUUCAAGAAAACAACUUUUUUAUUCAGACAGCCAGCAAGACACUGCUGUAUCCACACCUCAACGAAAUAAAAUGUCUACGAAUGACAACUCUCUUCAUGCAAAUGAAAGUAGCAGUGGUUCAAAAUCUGCUAGUGAGAAAAAUGAAACAACCUCUUCAGAAGUCCUCAAAUUAAAAUCAGAACUGUUGAUUAAGGAUCAGCACUUGAGGAAGAUGAGGACAGCGUUGAGGGAGCUGUCAGUGAGACAUAACGAACUUCUCGAUCUGCACAUGCAACUGAUAAAAAAUGAUAAAUCUUCAUCAUCGCUGUCUACAGCAUCGUAUUUGCUGUCAUCACCAUCGUCCUUGUCGUCUCCAAUGUUUUCAUCGCCACCGUCACUGGCGGGUACACCUGCCGACAAGAGUUCAUUCGUGCAUGAUCUGACCUCUAUUGUGGAGAAUCUUCAGAAGGUCAUUGGACAUGUGUCCACUGCACCUCACAAGUUCAGUGACCUGUUUCCUGGAGACGGCUCUUCAGGACUUAAUUCCAUUACAGAUUUUCUGUCUCCAUCACAGAGUAAGUCCAGUGAAUUAGCCAAGUUGAAGAUGGUUGUUCAGAAUUUGAAAUUGGAUGUACUGAAGAGAUGUUACUCCAAGGACUAA